AAUGAUCUAAAUUUAUUUGAUGAAAAAAUAAUCUAAACAUGUUAAUGGCAUAGUAAUAAAUAAAUAAAUAAUUCAUAUUCAUUGCAUUUCAUCCAGAUUCAUCGCACAAAGUUAUAAACUCAGAUUCAUCGCAUUUCACCGAUCAUCAUCAUCCUUCAGGAAAAUCCCUAAAUCACAAAAAAAAACCCUUCUUUCAUCUAUCGUCAUGUUUAUUGCAGUCGCGAAAAUCCUAAGGCUUAGAGAUUCAUCAACAAUCGCCCAUUCCUUUGUGUAGCACUGUGAGUAAUUUGACUUUAUCCUUUAGGAAAACCCCUAAAUCGCAAAAACCCCUUCAUCUAUCGUCAUGUUUAUUACGGUCGCAACAAUCUUGAGGUUUAGCGAUUCAUCAACAAUCGUCCCUUCCCUUGUAUGCUUAAAAGAAGCUGCGAGAAAGGAUAUGGGUUCUACAUUUUUUGAUGCAAACUUGUAUCCACAAGGUUCUACGGGUGGUGUUCCAGAGCCCCUUCACCCUAAACCUGGUAUGUUAAAGUAUUUGAUAAGAUAUAGAUGCUUGAACCACUCAGUUUAACUGCUUUUCAUUUGUAUUAGGACUUUGUUCGGCUUCCUUGGAAAAACCAGUCUAGCCAGAACAUUCAAUGCCUGCUAGUGUUUCUAUUCAAUCUGCUAACAGUGGCUUAACUUAUCCGGUGGGAAAGAAAUUGAGAAAGGUAGAAGGUUUGUACUUCGUGCCCCAGUAUAAGACGGAGAGUGAGAAUGAUGAUGAGGAUGACAAAGCGUUGGUGGUAUCCAGCACUGGAAAACACUUCACUUGUGAUGACCUUUAUCUAAGUGACAGUGAUGAUUCCUAUGUUGACCUUGAUUUUGAAGUGCAACCUUAUCUGAUGAAUAAAGUUGGGGAGGUAGAAGGUGCCUUGAUUGAGUUGGCACACGAACAUCAUUUAAGGGUUACCGAUGAAGUCAGGAAUAAGAUAUCAGCUUUGAAGACAGCUCUACUGAAUGAAAGUCAGAACUCUCUUUCUUCCCUUCUUCGAGUUGAGAAAUACAAAGAAACCAGGCAGGAGUUGGAUAAAAAGUUUGACACUCAAUAUCAACGCCAAAUGGAACCAAUGCAUUUUGUAGUGGUGGUGACCAGGCCUAGAGGACUCAAGAUGGUUAUUCCGAUAGUGAAAAUACCAGUCGCCUUUAUGUGUUAGACUUGCAGUUUAUUCCGUAAACAUUAGUCGGAUCUUGACUUUGAGUCGGAUCCAUGGCCAACAAUCUCUGACAGUGCUAAAGAUUUGGUAAAACUGAUGUUGGAUAGAGACCCUAAGAAUAGAAUCUCUGCUCAUAAUGUCUUAUGUGAGUUCCUUUGAUACUGAUUUCAUAACGUCUUAUGUAAGUUAUUUGGUUUGGUUCACUCUGUUUGAUCUUGUUUCAUUACUUUGGCUCAUUUUAUGAAGUGAUAUAGGGGUAAUAUCUGAAGAGUGGUUCAAUGAGA